AUUUCUGAAAAAUUUAAAAGGCAAGCCUAUACCUUAUGCAUAAAACAUCUUAGCUCCUGGAAUAAUGUCCCUUACGAAUCUUUUAAAAUCGAAAUUGUCAAGGGCGGUCUUACCAAUCUUCUGUUUAAAUGUUAUCUCAGCCCAAUUUGUAAUGGAGUUAUAGCACUUAAUCCUGCCUCUAUCUUGUUAAGAAUUCAUGGCGUGGGAACGGAAAAAUUUUUUUCUAGAUUUUUAGCCGAAAUGUCUUUUGUUAUAUUGUCUGAAAGGAAGGUCGGCCCUAAGCUUCUUGGAAUUUUUACUGAAGGUCACAUAGAAGAAUUUUUUGAGGCGAAGACACUGCAACCGCAAGAUCUUUGUCUUUCAAAAAUUUCUUUUAAAAUAGCAAAAAGUUUGGCACGAUUCCAUGCGAUUGACAUGCCCUUAGAACGCACUCCUUCCGUCUUUAAUACUUUAAGGAGUUGGUACUCUUCUGCUCGCCUCGUCUUGGAAAAUGGCUCUGAAUAUUAUAGAGAAAAUCGUUUGACCCUUGUAGAAUAUGAAAAGGAGCUUCAACAGCUAGACUUAAUGAAGGAAAUAGAUUUUAAGCAGGAAGUGGAGUUUUUAGUCGAAAAAAUUUUGUCCUUGGCGGAGACACCAGUGAAGUUUUGUCACAACGACGUAAACGCAGGGAACGUACUUUGCCUGGAGGACGGUUCUUUACAACUAAUCGAUUUUGAGUACUCCGCUUAUAAUCACGUGGGUUUUGAGUUUGCCAACCACUUUUGCGAGAGGAUCUUUGAUUAUAGCGGAAUACAGGAGUAUCCCUUUUUCCGGGUAAUGCUUGAAAAUUUUCCUGAUUUAGCUGAACAACGGACCUUUUUGGAGGCAUACUUAAGUGACGUGCCCUCUGACGCCGAGCCAGAUGUGAGAGUGUAUCUCGCGGAGACGAACCGGUUUGUGCUUGUGUGCCAUAUGCUGUGGGCCUUAUGGAGCAUCAUCCAGUUCGACUGCUCAACUAUCGUAUUCCCAUAUCUGAAGUAUGCCAGUAUUCGCUUGGACAUGUACUUCCAAGCCAAAGAGCAACUGGAUUCACUUCUAGCUCGUAUUUAAACUCAUUAGUUUUCUUUAA